AUGGGUCGCAGGAGGGCCCGCCUAUGGGCACUUUUCCAGUGCUGCAUCCCCAAGGCAAAGGCCAAGACAAGGAAGAACUUGGCCUCGGCCCAAGUCCUGGAAGCAGAGCGGCCUGAGGAGUUGGCAACAUCUACGGAAGAACUCAAUGUAUACCGGGAACAGCUUCUUGCAAGAGAAGAAGAAAUAGCUCUGCUGAACGCAGAGCGGAAUAACAUCAUGCUGCUGCUGGAGCACCUGGAGUUCCUGGUUUCCCGGUAUACACCGUCCCUCCAGACGACGGCGGGCAAGUGGCAGGCGCAGUCCCCAGACAGCAUGACCAGGGAGCUGGAGGUGCUCAAGUCGCUGAAGUCACUCUUUGAGCACCACAAGGCCCUGGACAAGAAGUGCACUCACGUAUAUACACACAUCAACACACAAGGAGCACUUGAAAGGUGUAGUUUGUUAGAAGAAUUAGGUGCCACACAUAAUUCACUGAUGAUUCUUAAAGAGAAGAAUAACCUGAAAAAGAUACUAAUGGACAGGGUGCUUGAUGUAAAUCACAAGCAAGAAAACAUGCCAAGCGCCAGUGGAAAGAGAACCCGUGACGAAGACCUGGCUCAGGUGAUCGAGCUCCAGGAAAUCAUUGAGAAGAAGUCACGGGAGCAGAGAGAGAUGAAGCACCGCCUGGCAGCCCUCUCUGCCCACGUAACAGAGCUGGAGAAGGACCUGGACAUGGCCAGGAAGGACCUCCUGAAUUCCAAGGAGGUGAACGUGGAAUUACAGCAGGACAUCCGUGAAGCUAUGGCCCAGAAGGAGGACAUGGAGAAGAGAAUCACUACACUUGAGAAACGCUACCUCGCUGCACAGCGCAAAGCCAUCUCUGUGCACAACCUCCAUGAUAAACUUGGAAAUGAAAUCGCAAAUAAGGAUUCUAUGCAUCGACAGAAGGAGGAUAAAGACCGACAGCUGCAGGAGUGCCUGGAGCUGGCAGACCAGAAGCUGCAGCAGAUGCUGACAGAGGUGGUGGCUGAGCUGGCUCAGCCGGUGGCUGCGCUCUCCAAGUCUGAACUUUUGUCUUCCGGAAGCUCUGCCACUAAGGAGGCGAAACUGUCGGAACUUACCUCCCAGCUUAGGAAGGAAGAACGCGGGAGAGAGACCCAGCAGCAUGGAGGAGAGGGGCGUGUGGGCCGGAGAGGCGGCUGGGCGGGCCGGCGCUGCCUUUCUCCGCCGCUCCUGUCUCUGCGGUCCAGUGUGCGGGCAAAGCAAAGAGAAAAAAUGAAUGAAGAACACAACGAACACUCAUCAGAUACCGUGGAUCAGCUUCUGUCUGUUUCAGAUGAGAGGCUUCAGCUUCAUCUGAAGGAGAGAAUGGCUGCUCUGGAGGAUAAGGUGCAGCCCCUGAAAGAUCAGGACCGGGAGCGUGAGCAGCAAGCCAGCAUGCUGGCCAACGUGGGCCAGCUGUUCAAGACUGACAAGGGCGUGUCAGACGGCGAGGGCGACGGGGUCACCCUCUUUAGUGCGCCAGCUCUGCCGUCGCCCAUCGGGCAUGCCGAUUCUGAGACUCUGGCCAUGAGGAUUCAGGAGCAGCUGGACAGGAUCAACGAAGAGAUCUGGUUUAUCCAAAAAGACAAGGAGAACACGGAUCAGCGGGCGGAGGGGAUUGAGAGCAGGGUGGGCAGUGGGAGCUUCAGCAACCUUCGGCGCUUUAACUCCUCCAACUCCCUCAACCUGGAUCCCGCCUCCUCGCAUGCCGGCUCCUUCCCGCCCAGCAGAGGGCGCUCCAUGCCCGAAAGGAGGCAGCCCAGCCCUGAGCGAGAAGAAGACAAGCUGGGCUUCAUGACUCUG